AAAAUUUGUUAAAACUGCUUGACAGUUUACAAAACAAAUUCAAAGCGUACGGUAAUGUGCGAGCAGCUGACAAAUGAAUUGAGAACUCAAAUAUUGAAACAAAAAGUAUAUUUUAUGCAAAGAUGCGAACUUUAUUUUGCUUGCUGCUGGCUUUGUUAAUAGCCAUGAGCUGGGGACUGCGACUGGAGAAUCAAACACGUGAACAAUUAAAGCAAGUUAUAGCUUGCAGACAACCUAAGGCGCCUGGACUAUGUCGUGGCAAGCAGCUGCGCUAUGCUUACAACAAGGAUACGGGCAAUUGUGAAAGUUUUUAUUACACAGGCUGUGCUAGCACGCAAAACAAUUUCCUAACCUUUGAGGAAUGUCGACGCGAUUGCAUGCUGCGUGGACGCUACUAGCUUUUAUUUAAUUUAUAAUUGUUUACGCUUAAAAUAGAGUUUACUAAGCUAAGCACGCUUUGCUUUGACUUGCUGCGGCGA